GUAAUUUUAACCAGACAAGAUAGGUAGAUUUAUAUACACAUAGAGUUCGUUAACACUCGAUAUUUACAUUAAAUAAUACGUUUUAUUGCUGACUGUUGUAGAAUUUGCAGUGUUAGUGUGUAUUUAGGACAGUAAAAAAAAAAUUCAAAUAUGGCUCAAUUUUUAGGAAAAUGGAUAGAAGAUGGAAAUUCAAUAAAAAAUUAUGAUGAAUUUUGUAGAGCAGCGGGUAUACCUGAUGAUAUGAAAGACAAACACAGGGACGCAACAUCAGUUUUGGAAUAUGAACAAGACGGAGAUUACUGGAUCUUAAAGAUGUCAUACAGUGGUUUACCAACGAAAACAUUCAAAUUCCAACCUGGGAAAGAACUGGAGACGACAGGUUACUUUGACGAUGUGCUGAAGCUUAUGGUAACAUUUGAAUCAGACAGCAAAUGUGUGGUCGUUGAGAAAAAUGAAAUGAUGGGUUAUAAGCCAUUCACAGUUACUCGGGAAGUUAAAGGCGAUAUGAUGUUUACAACUGUUGAAAUUAGUGAUGUAAAAAUGACUUCAGAGUUUAAAAGAGGUUGAAAUGGCAGUGGAAUGUUAUUUUACAGUAUUCGGAUAGAGACAAACACCAACGGUUAUAUAUACCUACGAUCUGGACUGGAAAUUAUUUUUGUUCGAAGCACAGAAGAGAAAUGUUUACCGUUUUAGGAAGUUUUUCAUUCAAAUAAUAUUUAACUAUUUUUAGAAGAUUAUUACAUAAUUUAUUUUUUUGCCGAUUUCCGUUGAUGUGAAACAAAAAAUGGUUUACUUCUGAAUGUAAUAGAACAUAACUGUGUGUACUGACAUUCAAGUGUACUUUCUUAAUUAGUUACAUGUUUUGCACUAGCUGAUACUAUUAAGUUUAAUGCGUCAGUUAUCAUUUCUCUGAUGUUUAUAUACUGUCAAGCUUGAAAGAAUUCUAUGUUAACACAUGAUAUUAAGCAUAUGAUUGUCUGCUUUUUUUAAUAAAUUUUGAUAAUUUGAG